CUUUGGCAUAGCAGUCCUGCUUCUUACAACCCACUGAUGGAGAGAAGGCCAUGCAGCUGCAGGGAGGGAUGGGGAAGAGGGACCGAGGUGGCGCUGCGAGAGACUCAGCGAAGCAGACCGGAAAGGCACUCCGGACGCCCUGGCCCCGCCCCCUCCGUCGUGAGGUCACUUCCGCCAACAGCAGCAGCAGCAGGAUCAGCAGAAGGAGGCGCGGCCGAGCGGAGAGGGCCCUCGCCACGCGACCGGACCCGAGGCGCCUUCCCUCCCUCCCUCCCGUCCGCUCCGCUUCGCUUCCCGGCUUCCUUCCGUCCGUCGGUCCGUGUCCGGUGCGGUGGAGGACCCGAUCGAGGGGCUGCGAUGUCGGCGGCGGGAGAGACGCUGCGGGGCCACCGCGCCCCGUUCCCCGCGGUGGCAGACCAGGGGCUCCUUGGCGUGGACGAAGGGGUGCUUCUGGCGGAGGAGGAUGAGCUGGUGGAGGAGGCGGGCGAAGGGCCCCGGUCGUGGACCCCGCAGGAGAAGGCCCUCCACGAAGAGGCCCGGCUGAAGGCCAAGGCCAAGCGGCGCCUGCGCAGGACCUCCUCGCGCGAUGCCAACCGGGAGUCCCUCUCGGAGGCUGGGGAGCCAGGCCCCGACCCCAGCAGCCCCAAGGGCAAGGGCCACGACCGCAAGUCCCGCAUGGGCAAGGGCCGCGGGCUGCCCAAGAAAGGUGGGGCCGGGGGUAAAGGCGUGUGGGGAGCGCCUGGCGUGGUCUACAGCUACCAGGAGCCCGAUGCCCGAGAUCCCAACUAUGACGAGGUGGCACAGGGAGACACUGUCUACGCCACGGUGGUCCCUGAGUUGGAGGCAGGGGAGCUGGAGAAAACGGUGCAGCCGAUGGUGCUGGAGUACUUUGAACAUGGAGACACCCUGGAGGUUGUGGAGCUGCUUCGGGAACUGAACUUGGGUGGGCAGAAGGCGGCAGUCUCCUCCCUGGCAGUCUCUCUCUCUCUGGAGGGGAAGGCCAGCCACCGGGAGCUGACCUCCCGCCUCCUCUCGGACCUUGUGGGGAAGGUGCUGGGCCCCGAGGACAUCGCCACCGCCUUUGACAGCAUGCUGCAUGACCUACCAGACCUCAUCCUUGAUACUCCGGAGGCCCCGCAGAUGCUGGGCCAGUUCAUCGCCCGGGCUGUGGCUGACCAUGCGCUGCCACUUGACUUCCUGGAGCGCUACAAAGGGCGCGUCGACUGUGAGCACGCUCGGGCUGCUCUGGAUCGUGCUGCUGUCCUCUUGCGCAUCAAACGAGAUGUCAACCAUUUGGACAAUGUGUGGGGCGUAGGAGGAGGCCAGAGGCCUGUCAAGCAUCUCAUUAAAGAAAUGAACCUCUUGCUCCGGGAGUACCUGCUGUCAGGAGACGUAUCUGAGGCAGAACUCUGCUUACGCCACUUGGAGGUGCCACACUUCCACCAUGAGCUCGUCUAUGAGGCUGUGGUGAUGGUGCUGGAGUCUUCUGGGGACACGGCGGUCGCCAUGAUGGUGAAGCUGCUGAAGGUGCUGUGGGAGACGGGGCUGGUGACCCUGGACCAGAUGAAUCGGGGCUUCCAGCGGGUGUAUGAUGAGCUGGGGGACAUCAGUCUGGACGUGCCGCUGGCCCACACCAUCCUUGAGCGGCUGGUGGACCUCUGCUUCGAGGAAGGGGUCAUCACCAAGCAGCUGAGGGACACCUGCCCUGCCCGGGGCCGCAAGCGGUUUGUCAGUGAAGGGGAUGGAGGCCAAAUUAAGCAGUAACUGGACCACACUUUCAGCCUUGCCUCCCUGGCCCCCCCCACUCCUGCCAGCCUCAGGAUGGGCCAGGGCCCCUUGCUUCACCACCCCCAAAGCAGUGCACCUGGCGGGAGGGAGAGGGGUCUCUAUGGGCUGAAUGUGGGGGGAAGGGGAUGCUUGCUCUCUUGCCAGGCCCCUCCAGCCGUUACCCCCCUCUUUGUCUUGCUGCCAUUGCCCCACACAUCUCAGGAAGGAAAGCAGGGAGGGCAAUGGGCCAGACUUUUCAGGGGGCAGAGGUGGCUUGGGCCUCCGGAGAUGCCUUUCCUGGGACAGCUGCCCCCAAGAAAGCCCCCCUCUCCAAACAGUCAUGCACACACGCACACACCCUCCAGCUGCUCCCAGUCCUGAAGUGUACUUAGCCUGCUUGAAUCAGUACUGGUUUUCAUGCGGUUCCCCCUCCAGUUUGGUGCUGUGGGGGGCAAUGGGGACCCUGGUUGUGGUAGAACAGAUCCCCAUCACCCGGGACCCCCUGCAUGUGCCAAGCACCGCUGAGAGCCACAGAGUGGGCUGAGGCUGGGAAAGGAAGGGGGCUGCUGGGGCCCCGGUGGUGGGGAGGGGGCCAAGGCAUGGACUGCCACUUCUUCAGGCUGCGCUGCUGGGAGCGUCUCAGGGCAUGCGGGACAAGUCUUGCAGGUUUCGGGGAGAGAGGGGUGCUAGGCUGGGCUGGAGGAAAGGCAAGGCUGGCAGAGCAGGUGGGCAAAGGAGCAGGGCCAAGCGGGCAAAGGUGGUGGGGAAGGGGUGACUGAUGGAAAAUAAAAACAAAAAUGCACCCAG